AUGGUGUCUUUCAUCUCGGCCCUGGGUGCCACGAUCGCGGCAAUAGUCAUCGUGAAACUUCUUUCUAUCGGCCAUCGUCCCAAGAACUUGCCCCCCGGUCCUCCCACCUUACCCAUCAUUGGCAACAUACAUCAGAUGCCCAGUCGUGAUGCACACCUCCAUUUCCAGAAAUGGGCUCGUGAGUAUGGUCCGAUAUACAGUCUGAUGUUGGGGACAAAAUGCUUGAUCGUCAUUUCGAGUGACGAAGUGGUCAAGGAACUCCUCGAUCGUCGAAGCAGGAUCUAUUCGGAUCGACAAGAGAUGUAUAUUGGACAAACAUUGUGCAGCGGUGGUCUCCGCGUGUUGAUGAUGCGAUACGGGCCAACCUGGCGAAUAACCAGAAAGCUGACCCACGGGUUGCUGAAUAUCGUCAAUUCCAAGAACUAUAUCCCCUACCAGGUUCUGGAGAACAAGCAAAUGCUGUAUGAAUUCUUGACGCGGCCCGACGGAUUCCUCAAUCACAUUCGCCGCUACUCAAACGCUCUGACUACAACGAUGGUCUACGGCUGGCGAACGCCCACCUACGAGGAUCCCAAGAUAAAGCAGCUGUUUGAGAGCGUUGCCGAAUUUGCGGCCCUUACACAGACAGGGACAGCGGCAAUUAUCGACUUCUUCCCGUGGCUGGGAAAAUUGCCGGAUUUCCUAAUCCCUACCCAAAAACAGGCCAAAGCACUCCAUCAGCGCGAAAAGCCGCUCUAUAUGGGUUACUGGUUGCGGGCCAAAGAAGAAAUACAGUCCGGCUGCAUCAAACCAUGCUUUUGCGUAGGGAUGUUCGAGUCCCAGAAGCGAGAGAUGUACAGCGAUGACCAGGCCGCGUAUAUCUCGGGGACGCUUCUCGAGGCGGGCUCCGAUACAACGUCUAACACCCUGUACGCUUUUGUCCAGGCAAUGCUCUUGUUCCCAGAGGUGCAACGCAGGGCGCAGGCGGAAAUUGACCAGGUCGUCGGACCGAAUCGCCUGCCGGUGAUGGAUGAUCUCUCGCAGCUGCCAUACAUUCGCGCCUGCAUGAAAGAAACCUUACGGUGGAUGCCAACCGCCAUUUUGGGCGCCGUGCCCCACGCCGUCACGCAGGAUGACGAGUACAUGGGAUACCUGAUUCCCAAAGGAGCGGGGAUUCUACACAACGUGUGGGCCAUUCACAUGGAUCCGAAACGCCAUCCCAAUCCACGGAUCUUCAACCCCGACCGGUAUCAAGGCGACGAGCAAAGCCUCCACGAUGCCGCGACAAACCCGGACGUUACAAAACGCGACGUGUUCACCUUUGGGGCUGGACGACGCAUCUGUCCGGGCAUGCAUGUGGCUGAGCGCAGCUUGUUCCUAGGCAUGGCGGGGAUCCUGUGGGCAUUUGAUAUUUCGCCAGCCCUGGAUGUAAUGGGAAGUCCCAUACUACCGGACGCGGACCGGUUGACUCAAGGGUUUGUGUGUUUGCCAGAGGAGUAUCCUGCGACGAUUAGACCUCGGACUAGAGAGAAGGCAGACCUGAUAAGAACGGAGUGGAAGGAGGCAGAAGGUGGGUGUUUGGAUAGUAAGACCAAGCAAUGGCUGUAUUAA